AUGACCAACCUCGAGAGCCAGUUCACGCAGCUGAGCGGGGCGCUUGGGACGAGGAUGAGUUCAGCGGAGGAGCGGAUCGGGAGUACGGAGGAGAGAAUGGAGGAGGUGGAGAUGCGCCUCACGAAUCUCGAGAACAUCAUGGACCUGGCCGAAACACCCCGCUCCAACCAGAGCGCCAACGACGACGUGAUGAACAAGAUCCAGGAGUUGGAGGCGCAACUGUCCAUGCUGAAGGUCGCUGGCCAGAGUACCCCGGACUCCCAGGAGACGGACAAGACCAUGGUGCUCGGGGGCUUGCAAACGCUCGUGGACCUAGACUCCGCGAAGGGGUGGGUACAUGACAAAGUGUGGGAGCUGUACGCGCCGCAGCCGGAAGAAAUAUACACCAAGGGGGAGUUUCAGGGGAUUAUCUUUGCGAACUUCGGUACCAUCGGAGACCGUGAUGCAGCAGUUAAGGCCUUUCGGAAAGCGAGUUUCAAGGAGGGGGGAAAUACAGUCUGGGCAAAACAUGACCAACCAUUACAGAAGCGUGUCGUCACCUCCAUCGUGUUCGGAGUAAAACACUUAUUGAAGAAAUGGGGAUAUGAUGGCAAGGCCGUGUGGGCCGACCCAGAGGAAGGAAAAGUAUGGGUGGGCGAAGAUAUUGCCGUUGAAGUUUCUAUCGACAAUGGCAGUCUGAAGGUAGUUUACGGGUCUGGUUGGGAAACUUGGUUUACAGACGCAGAGUACCCCGACCUCACCAACCUCAUCGCCCUGAUGAAACGCAAGCUCGAUAGUGCUCCGUCCAAGGGAGCAGGAAAGAGCGGGGCCAAGGGGAAGAGGAAGGGUAAAGGGGGAAAGGAUGGAAAAUGA